AGGAGACGCCAUUAGAGGGAGGCGGAGAAGGAGCGCUCUACUUCGCCUUUCCUCGGGUGCCUGACGUGGUAGCUGGGGCCCUUCAUUCUCCGACCGCCGGUCGGCUCUUCCAGGCCUCGCCCCCGGCGGGAGUGGAGACAGCUUCAGCGUUGGCCGGGGUGGGGCGGUGGGACCUGCGCGGGCCGCGGCUUUAGAGACGCUGCGGCGACCGUGGGGAACUCGGCGCGGCUCUAGGGCUCCAGCGGCCGGCGGGCGACAGAAUGGCUGCGGCCGGCGGCGGGGCGGCGGCGGCGGGCCGAGCUUACUCGUUAAAGGUGGUGCUGCUGGGGGAGGGCUGCGUGGGGAAGACGUCGCUGGUGCUGCGCUACUGCGAGAACAAGUUCAACGACAAGCACAUCACCACUCUGCAGGCCUCAUUCCUAACAAAGAAGUUAAAUAUUGGUGGGAAAAGAGUAAACCUGGCUAUAUGGGAUACAGCAGGUCAAGAGAGAUUCCAUGCAUUGGGUCCGAUUUACUACAGAGAUUCAAAUGGAGCCAUUUUAGUUUAUGAUAUAACAGAUGAAGAUUCUUUUCAGAAGGUUAAAAACUGGGUGAAAGAAUUACGGAAAAUGUUGGGAAAUGAAAUCUGUUUAUGUAUAGUUGGUAAUAAAAUAGACUUGGAAAAGGAGAGACAUGUUUCCAUUCAAGAAGCAGAAUCAUAUGCAGAAUCUGUGGGAGCUAAGCAUUAUCAUACAUCAGCGAAACAGAACAAAGGAAUUGAAGAACUCUUUCUUGACCUUUGCAAAAGAAUGAUAGAAACAGCACAAGUGGAUGAGCGGGCAAAAGGCAAUGGCUCCAGUCAGCCAGGAGCUGCAAGGAGAGGUGUACAGAUUAUUGAUGAUGAACCUCAAACCCAGAGCAGUGGCGGAGGUUGCUGUUCGUCUGGAUAACUGUUCCCAUCUAAGAAAUUAUAAAACAAACUGUGGAUCAUUGCCCUCAACAUGAAGACUGCCAUAUUCCAAGUCACGUUAUUUUACCAAUGGAAUUAUAGGAUUAACAGUAUUUUAAAUUACGUUUAUAACACUGCAGAGACCUUAAGUGCUAAACUUAGUGGAGUUUGUGACCAGAGAAUUGGCAUUUUCUACAAAUGUUAACAAAGCAAUUACCAAUGGCCUUUUUACAUAUUUUUUUCUUUAAUAAGGAAUAAUAUGCAUGUAGAAAAGACCUACUUAAAGGCUUCAUUUAUAUUCUUUUAAAUCAGAUCUUUAUUUAAUAACUUAUAUAUGUUGUUGGAAUGAUAUACAUUUUUGCAGCCCUUUGUAUUUUGUGGUAGUUUGGAUUGUAUCACUUCUAAAUAGCAGACUUUUCUUUUGUUUUUUUAAUUAGCAGAUACCUGAAGUACUAUUUUUGCAGGGUUUGCACAGGCCCCUAACUGUCUACUACUUUGAUAUAAUCUAUAUACAUCCUGUAUGCUGAGCUGGUAAAAUACAUUGUACAUUACACAUUAAAUAUUUUAUCUGCUUUUAUAAGCGCAAGGUGCAAAAAUAUAUACAUUAGUCUCAUUGAUGACUGUAAAGUGAAUUAACAUUUGGUGAUAAUGCCUAAGCUUUUUGACUCUGUUAUAAAGAUCAUAGCUAUCCUUCACUUUUGUCUUAACUUGAAAGUGUCGUGUUUAAAUUUUCAGAUAUACAUUACUUGAAUUAUUGCUGUUGUCACAUUUUUUGCCUCUAAGUCCACCUGAUGGUCACACAGCAGCACUUACUUGCCUUUGGGUUUUUUUGUUUUGUUUUGAUAAAAGAGGCCUUCUCUCAGUUUUGUUUUCAAAUGGUUCCCUUAGUUGUUUGACUGGAGCAUGUUGGUUUUCACUUCUGCAAUGGUUUUGUUUUUCUCUUAGGCUUGACGUGAGAUGGGUUUGCUGGUGUGAAAAGAGAGGAAGGGGUUCCCAGAUAGUAGCCACUCACCAGUACUUAUUCACACAGCAUGUUAAUGGUGGUUUAUAUUCUUGAGGCAACACUUUUAGAUCCUUUGUCAGCAGGUUGUAUUUGUUCAUUACUUGAUAGAGCUGAACACAGAAAAUUUUCUGUUCACUUUUACAAACUACCCUUAAGUUUCUGUGAGGGAAAAUAUUUCAUGUAAUGCAGUUAUAGUGAACACUGGAAAGAUUUGUUAUAAAAUUAUAUUCUUGUAUACUUUGUAAAUUAGUCUUAUUAGGUUUUUUUCCCCAUAAGCAUAGUACAAGGUAAAUUUGUUUAUUUUAAUAGAAUCAGGCACUGCUCACAGAAAGAACACAAAUUGUGGAAAUCAACAUAAAUUGUUCUUGUUCUUAUAUUUUUCCAUUUCUGUCAUGCUUGGAAAACUAGUAAAUGUUAUGUCUAAUAUAAAGUGGAAUGGUCCCUGGAUUUACUUCUUAUAAGAAUCAGUAGUAUGUAAUAAAGCUAUUAGCAUGUGCAAUUAAGAGGAUAUAGGUAGAUUAUAGUUACUAAAGUAGAAUCACCAUAUUUUUUAAGUUAAUAGCUUAAACAUUCCUAAAUGAGUUAAAAGUUGAAUGAAUUGAUAACUUGAUGUUAUAACUUUGGAAUUUUAACUUAGUAUUAGGUGUUUUCUGAGUCUUUCCUUGAUCUUCUUUAAUUGCCUUGUCAAAUUUGACCAAACUUGUUUUGGGGAGUAUGGGGUGGGAAUUGUCUUUAAUAGGAUGAUCAUACUCUAUAGUUAGUCAGUUUCCUAUUUACGAGUGGGUUGGGGAAGAGGAAAAGGAAAUCAUGAGUACAGGAAUCAUGGUGCUGGAAAAAAUUGCUUUGGCCCUCCUGGUUGGUUCUUUCAGAAAUAGAGGAAGCCUUGCUGUUUCUACUCUUGUAGAAACAAGUUCUUUUCCUUUGAGUGAAAUGUAUUUUUAAAUUAGAUAGAGAUGAAAAUUGAGCUUUAUUCCAAAAAACAGUGGUGUAAACUCUGAUGAUUGAAGACCUGUACUCUCAAUAGUAAUGAUAUGGAGUCCAGAUAGAAACCUCUGUUCCAGCAGUGCCAGAUAGAUAAUUAUUGUUGGGGUUCAACCACUCUAUUACUUAUUUAUUUUUUUAACAUGCUCCCUUGGUUUUUAUGUAUUAUUCCCUUUUCUAAACGUGUUAAUUCAAUAGCAAAAAUAGAUAAUAUUGUCUUUGCUUUCAAGCCCAGAAUGUCCUUAGAUGAAGGAAUGGGGUGGUAGAGGAGUAAUGAGUAAUAUGUACACAAAGGAAAGCUAAAGAGAUGAGAAAGCAAGACUGAGAAAAUUUUCCCAACAUGCCCUUUACCUCUUUAAUAUGUUUUUUGUAAUCCUGUCCUUAUAAUUGUGCUAUUAGGAAGAAGAUAUAAGCUAAUUGUGUGUUAUAGGUUGAAAGUAAUAGGUAGGUAGAACCAAUAUAUUUUUCAACUACUAAGAAUAUACACUUA